AUGGCUUCCAUUCAGAAUGCGCCAGCUGUCCAGCAACCUGGGGCCCCAAUGGCGCCACCGAACCAAGAGGCUAUGAAGAAUUACCUGCAGAAAUACAAGCAGAUGAAGGAGGCAGGCGUGUCGGAGAAGGACCCCGAAUUCGUACAGGUCCACAAAAUCCUCACUACUAUGCAACAGGCGCAGGUGUACCAACAACGGCGCAUGCAGUUCGCCCACCAGCAGCAGCAGCAACAGCAGCAGCAUCAACAGCAUCAACAGCAGCAGCAGCAACAGCAGAUGCAAAACACCACCAGCUCCGCAGCAAAUGGAACCAACGGUACACUAACUGCUCCCGCAUCUUCCACCUCCCAACCCUCCACACAAGCUCCGACAAGUACGGCUUUGGGUCCAUCUGCCAUCCCCACGACAGCCCCGCUCACGUCUGCACAAAAAGGAGGUGUUCAAAGAACAGCACCUGGAGGUGGUGGGGGCUACUUCUCGCCAGAACAACUUGGUCUUCUCAAACAGCAAAUAUUCGCUUUCAAGUGCUUGUCGAAGAACCAGGGCAUUCCGCAAAGUGUGCAACAACAGCUCUUCGCAUCCCAAAAGAAGGCUAUUGUACACUAUGACAGUUCCCUCGAAGGACUGGCCCCGAGAAAGGACGAUGCGCCUUCGACGAAUGGGGUAGAGGGGGCUUCAGGCUCGAAGCAACUUGUCGGACCCAAGUUACACGAAUACACUGGAUUUGAGAACCCGCGAUCCCUACUCAAGGACAGGCUCGAUUACUCUAGCCAUAAGAACCGUGACGCACGUCCCCUGAUUCCCAGUAUAAUGCCGUCUGGUGUCGAUAUCGAAAAGGCUCGCCGAGACAGAGAGGUGAUCAUCCAUAAUCGCAUGGUAGCCAGAUUGGAGGAACUCAGAAGCCUUCCUGGCAACAUAGCCCAUUUGGAUACCCGGAACGAUGAGCUGACUCUCGAGGACUCUGUGAAGGUCAAAGCUUUGAUCGAGAUGAAGAUGCUGGGUCUCUAUCAGAAGCAGCGCAUCAUGCGGGAAAAGGUUGGUCGUCAAAUGAUUCAAUACGACAACCUUGCCAUGACUGCCAAUCGUACCAACUACCGCCGAAUGAAGAAGCAGACUUUACGCGAAGCUCGCAUUACGGAAAAGCUCGAGAAGCAGCAACGCGACGCUCGGGAAAGCCGCGAGAAGAAAAAGCACGUGGACUAUCUUACACAUGUCGUCAACCAUGCCCGUGAAAUCAACAAUGCUGCUUUCAAUCAGAGAAAGAAGAUCGCGAAAUUCGGUGCCAUGAUGCAACAACAACACCAGAACAUCGAGAAGGAAGAGCUGAAGAGAAUCGAGCGAACCGCCAAGCAACGUCUGCAAGCCUUGAAAUCCAACGACGAGGAGGCGUACCUGAAGUUGCUCGACCAGGCAAAGGAUACUCGUAUCACUCACCUUCUUCGGCAAACCGAUGGGUUCUUGUCACAACUUGCAUCGUCUGUCAAGGAGCAACAGAGAAAGGCUGCCGAGCGCUAUGGUAAUAAUGCAGACGAGUUCGCCGAAGAAGAGUCCGACGACGAUGAGGAAGAUGAGGAGCAGGAUGUCCGUAAAAUCGACUACUAUGCCGUCGCACAUCGCAUCAAGGAGGAGGUGCACAAGCAGCCUUCCAUUUUGGUGGGUGGUACCUUGAAAGAAUACCAACUGAAGGGUCUUCAGUGGAUGAUCUCGCUCUACAACAAUAACCUGAAUGGUAUUCUUGCAGAUGAAAUGGGACUUGGAAAGACUAUCCAGACCAUUAGUUUGCUCACCUACUUGGUCGAAGUGAAGAAGCAGAACGGCCCCUUCCUUGUCAUCGUUCCUCUUAGUACCUUGACCAAUUGGAAUCUGGAAUUCGAAAAGUGGGCACCAGCCCUCGGCAAAGUUGUCUACAAGGGACCACCAAACGCUCGAAAGCAACAGCAGGCACAGCUCCGCUAUGGCCAGUUCCAAGUUCUGCUGACAACUUAUGAGUACAUUAUCAAGGACAGACCAGUACUGAGCAAGAUCAAGUGGGUCCACAUGAUUAUUGAUGAAGGUCAUCGUAUGAAGAAUGCCUCAUCGAAACUCAGCGCCACCCUUACACAAUACUACAACACUCGGUACCGUCUCAUUCUUACCGGAACACCACUGCAAAACAACUUGCCUGAGCUGUGGGCUCUUCUCAACUUUGUUCUCCCGACUAUCUUCAAGUCUGUCAAGUCUUUUGACGAAUGGUUCAACACACCAUUUGCCAAUACGGGUGGUCAAGACAAGAUGGAGUUGACGGAAGAAGAACAAAUCCUCGUGAUCCGUCGUCUCCACAAGGUCCUGCGGCCAUUCUUGCUUCGUCGUCUCAAGAAGGAUGUCGAGAAAGACCUUCCCGACAAAACCGAAAAGGUCAUCAAAUGCAAGUUCUCUUCUCUUCAGGCUCGUCUUUACAAGCAAAUGGUUACCCACAACAAGCUUGUCGUUAGCGAUGGCAAGGGAGGCAAGACAGGUGCUCGUGGCCUGAGCAACAUGAUCAUGCAACUCCGAAAGCUUUGCAAUCAUCCCUUCGUAUUCGAUGAGGUUGAAAACCAGAUGAACCCUCUCAACACAAGCAACGAUUUACUUUGGAGAACAGCUGGCAAAUUUGAGCUUCUUGACCGCAUCCUACCUAAGUACCAGGCGACCGGUCACAGAGUUCUCAUGUUCUUUCAAAUGACGGCUAUCAUGGACAUUAUGGAAGACUUUUUGCGGUACCGUGGUAUUGUGUUUAUGCGUUUGGAUGGUACCACGAAAUCCGAUGAUCGUUCCGACCUUCUCCGUGAAUUCAAUGCUUCCGACUCGCCAUACUUCAUAUUUUUGCUAUCGACGCGUGCCGGUGGUCUUGGUUUGAAUUUGCAGACCGCCGACACGGUCAUUAUCUAUGACUCGGAUUGGAAUCCUCAUCAGGAUUUACAAGCUCAAGAUCGUGCUCAUCGUAUCGGCCAAAAGAACGAAGUUCGUAUUCUGCGACUCAUUAGUUCUAACUCAGUCGAAGAGAAGAUCUUGGAGCGCGCCAAAUUCAAGCUUGACAUGGAUGGCAAAGUUAUUCAGGCUGGUCGGUUCGAUAACAAAUCUUCCGAGACUGAUCGUGAUGCUAUGCUGCGUGUCAUGUUGGAGACUGCGGAAGCUGCGGAGGCAUUGGAGCAAGAGGAAAUGGACGAUGAGGAUCUCAACAUGAUCUUGGCACGCUCAGAUGCCGAGCUCGAGAUUUUCAAAAAGAUUGACAUGGAGAGAGCCAAGGAUCUUACAUACGGCACCGCGGCUGGAAGUAAGCGUAUCCCACGUCUUAUGGCCGAAAGCGAGCUUCCCGAAAUCUACAUGUCUGACGGUAAUCCCAUCUCGGACGAGCCAGAGGAGGUCAAGGGCCGUGGUGCUCGUGAGCGAACUCGGGUCAAGUACGAUGAUGGACUUACUGAGGAGCAAUGGCUCCAAGCAGUGGAUGACGACGAAGAUUCUCCAGAAGCUGCUGCCGCUCGCAAGCAAGCUCGGAAGGACCGUCGUGAGAACAAUCGUCUCAAGAGAGCCGGAGAGCUUCCAGGUUCCAUUGAGAAUUCGCCAAAUGGCAGCCGCGAGAGUACCGAAGAACCUGAGCCUGAGCCUACCCCCAAGAAGGGACGAGGCCGAAACAAAGUCGUGAAAAACGAUAAGCGUAAGGCUGACGAUCUUGACGACGAACCUCCUCCAAAGCGAAAGCGCGCAGCCAAUGGUCGAACCUCUAAGGGUGCAGUGCCAGCUAUGAGUAUUGCGCACCGAACUCUUCUUCAAGGCAGUCUCCGUAGGGCCUACGAUGCCUUGUUAGAGAUCCCGCAUACAGAUGAUCCUUUAUCUGACGAUAGCGACGAAGAUUCAGCUCCACUGACCUACCCCCUCGUCGAACCCUUCCGUGUGCUGGUGGGAAAGAAAGACUUUCCCGAUUACUACAUGCUGAUCAAGGAACCAAUUGCCUUGAAGAAUAUCGAAAAGAAGAUCAAGAAAGAGGAGUACUCCAGUCUUGGCGACAUGAUGGCGGACAUUCGGUUGAUGUGUCGGAAUGCAAGACAAUACAACGAGGACGGAAGCCCAAUUUUCAAAAUGGCGGUCAAAAUCGAAAAUAGCUUUGAAGGCAUCAUCCGCGACGAGAUGAGUGCGCACCCCGAACUUGGCGAGGGCGAUAGCUCUGCCCCCACGACAAAUGCUGGAACCCCGAAUCCAGCCUCUUCUAACGGAAAGCUCAAACUCAGCUACAACAAGAACGCAUCUGCAACAAAUGGUGGUGGUGGUGGUGGUCUACACAGUGAUGAUGAAUAG